AUGGACACGGGCUCCUCACCCGCCGCCAGCCAGCAGACCUUCAAGCUGAUCCUGGGGUCGUCGUCGGUGGCGCGAAAGAACAUCCUCGAGGAGAUGGGGCUGGAGUUCCAGGUCAUGACUGCGGACAUCGACGAGAAGAGCAUCAGGAGGGAGAAUCCUGAUGACCUGGUCAUGGUCCUCGCGGAGGCCAAGGCUGAUGCUAUCAUGUCCAGACUAAACCUUGCUGAUUACCAGAAAGAAGGCAAUCAACCAACACUCCUGAUCACUUCUGACAUAGUGGUCGUCCAUGAAGGGAUUAUUAGAGAAAAGCCAACCACCAAGGAAGAAGCACGCCAAUUCCUGAAAGGCUAUUCUGGAGGUCAUGUGUCAACUGUUGGAUCUGUAGUUGUAACUAAUCUUACAACUGGGAAGAGACUUGGAAGUUUGGACAAAGCUGAGGUUUAUUUCCACGAUAUACCAGCUGAGGUCAUCGAGAACUUGAUCGAUGAGGGAGUAGUAUUUAGGGUCGCAGGUGGCUUGCUACUUGAACAUCCAUUGACCCUUCCAUUUGUCGAAGCAGUGGUUGGUUCUAGUGAUAGCGUCAUGGGGCUCUCAAAGGAGAUCGCAAACAAGCUAAUUCACGACGCACUGUCUACUUAG